UGUCGCCGCCUAGUGGUUUCCAAAUACGCAGAGCACAACACGACGACGGGCACGACUUCAGAGCCAGAGUGUGAGUAGUGUCAAGGCAGAAAGAUCGUGUCGCUUGCCUCAACUCUCGGCUUUAACCUGAUUCUGCUGUCGGCGACCCUACAGUCUCUCACCGAUCUGUAAGUGCUGUCGUUACUUCUGAAUCUCCACCCGCCCAUUCCUCAUUUGUAAUCUUAUGUGAUCUCAAGGCAUGGAUGUCACGGUGAGCCUUGGCAGAAUCAAAGGUUGUAAUCCGAAUUGAGUACAGUCUGCGAGGAUUUAGCACUGGUUUACACAAUCGGCUAACUUGACAUUCAAGUUGCAAGGAAGAAGUGAAGCCUUGUGAAAGCUCCUUGUAGUGAAAGUGGAAACCGACUUGACCGUAACUGCUACAGAUAUGUUUUGACGGGUGAACGACCGACUUCGGAAUGAAGGCGGCCGUACAGACCGGGAGACGGUGGCCCUUCCAGCGGUUCUGCUGCGGUGGAGUUGGGCUUCUCGCGGUCAUUUGGCUCGCACAGGUCGCGCACGUGACAGAGCCAGACUCAUCCGGGUCUCAUUUACGAGAGGAUGAUAUUCCAGUCCAUUCCGGACGCAGACUGAUGCAGGAGAGGACGGAAGAGAACCGCACCAAGGACAUUCUUAGACCAGCCAUCCAUGAGUUUCCAGAAGAUAUCUUUACUAAGGAGCAGCUGAAGCGAGGGGCCGUUCUGUUACAUGUGUUGUGUGCUAUCUACAUGUUCUAUGCUCUUGCCAUUGUCUGUGAUGACUACUUUGUCCCUUCGCUGGAGAAAAUAUCAGAGAACCUCCAGCUCAGUGAGGAUGUGGCAGGAGCAACCUUCAUGGCUGCUGGAAGCUCAGCGCCAGAGCUCUUCACCUCUCUCAUUGCUGUGUUCAUCACUAAGGGAGACGUGGGUGUCGGCACCAUUGUGGGCUCAGCAGUCUUCAACAUCCUGGUCAUCAUUGGUGUGUGUGGCAUCUUUGCUGGCCAGGCGGUGGAUCUGACGUGGUGGUCUCUGUUCAGGGACUCCACCUACUACAUCUUCUCUGUGCUGGCUCUCAUCCUGGUGAUCUAUGAUGCCAAAGUUGUCUGGUGGGAAGCAGUGCUCCUAAUGUCCAUGUAUGUGGUCUACAUUGUUAUAAUGAAGUUCAACUCCCAGCUCUUGGGGUGCGUGCAGCGUCACUCUGGGGGUCCAAGUCAGUGUUGCCGAGGCAGUGAGGGACACAGAGAUGAGGAGAUGGCUGGGGACGGACCGGCCUGCAACACCAGCAUGGUGCUGCUUAAGAAAGGCCAACCUCAGGUUCCGGAGUCCCCCCCAGUGGUGAUGGUGGACGAGCUCCUCAUCCUCCACCCCCACCAGCUGUCCUUCUCCGAGGCCGGCCUGCGCAUCAUGAUCACUCCCCACUUCUCGCCCCGCACCAGGCUCAGCAUGGCCGGACGGAUGCUCAUCAGUGAGAGGCAGCGGCUGAUCAGGUGUCCCAACAGCCAGCUGUACGGGGCCUCCGGAGUGGGAGGGACCCCGCUGAAGGCGGCGGGCUCCGGGGGUCUGGAGAACGGGGGCAGCGUGGAGAGGCAGAGCCCCGACGGGGCCGUGCCAGGGGACGCGGGAGAGAAGCCCGGCAUGGAGGGCUGCCAGGCGGAGGAAGAGGAUGACGGCGAAGGGCCGUUUAGGCCUCUUCACUGGCCAGGUGGUUGCUGUGCGCGGGUCAAGUGGCUGAUCUCCUGGCCCCUGGGGCUGCUGCUCUACUGCACGGUACCUAACUGUGUGUUCCCCCGGUGGCACCGCUGGUUCAUGGUCACGUUCUUGGCCUCCACCCUGUGGAUAGCCAUCUUCUCCUACCUCAUGGUGUGGAUGGUCACCGUCAUCAGCUACACACUAGAUAUCCCUGACUACAUCAUGGGUAUCACCUUCCUGGCUGCGGGAACCAGCGUACCAGACUGUAUGGCCAGCCUCAUUGUAGCUCGGCAAGGUAUGGGGGACAUGGCGGUGUCUAACUCCAUUGGCAGUAAUAUAUUUGAUAUCCUGUUGGGGCUGGGGUUCCCCUGGGCUCUUCGCACUCUGGUGGUAGACAGCGGAUCGUCGGUCCACAUCAACAACAAGGGCCUAGUAUAUUCUGUCGUCUUGCUGCUGGCCUCCGUCUUCCUCACAGUAAUGAGUGUCCAUCUGAACCACUGGAAGUUGGACCGCCGACUGGGCCUGGGGCUGAUAUUCCUCUAUGCCAUCUUCCUGCUCAGCUCCAUCCUCUUCGGGCAAAUGUGAGGCUGACUCUGGGGUCAAAGUCAACCCCUAUACGCCUUCCUGUAAGCGGCCACAUCCAGGAGUCCUCUGUCUCCCAGAGACCCUCCCUCCUAAAGCCAAAAACAGAGCCGCAGCUUCAUUGUGCUUAAAGUGAACGUGUACCAUGUACCACAAACAGGAUACGACAUUAUUGGGUGACAUUAUACACAUACACACACACUCAAACACUUGGUGUAGUCUUUUUUUCUGUAGCACAAACCUUUUUAUUUCCUGAGUGCAGUAUGAAAACACAUAACAACUCAGCACAUUCAGCUGUCAACAUGAAGAAAUAAUACAGUGGACUUGUCCUCCUGUUUUCUUUACCUUACGUUUGGAAGCGUCGUGUUUGUUUUGAAUGUACACCCUAGCUGAAAGUACCUUGUUAUGUGGUGAUUCACUAUGUUCAUAUGUGCAAAUGUGUAGCAGUGCCGGAGUACAGUCGAGCAUGAGAAUCAGUAAGGUACAUAGCAAUAGGACAAAUGGACACGCUAACGUGUCGGCAUAGACUUAGAGAACAUAUUAAUAAAAGAUGCAGAUUAUUAUCUGACUAUAUUUUGUAAAGUGUUCCUCCAAAGAGGAUUCAUGAAGAAUUCUUUGCCUAACUGCUUUUGAACAAGUAUUGUUACAGACUAAGUAAAUGAUCUAACGUAAAAAGAAUCUAAGAUUUAGCAUUUUUAGAAGUGUUAUGACUAUUGUUAUUCCUAUAUACAUGUUUCUAUGAGUGUCACAACCUUUGAUAACAUGCGUACGGGUCUGUUGUAAUAAGUCACUAUGUUUAGGUAUGAUCAGUGUUUGGAAGAAAAUAUUUCUGUACAUUUCUGAGUUUUUCAGUAUUACUGUACAACAAAUAUUAAGUCUACAGGACCAUACUUUUUACUGUUUCUAAAUGUUUACUAAAUAUUUUACAUAGUUUUACAAAAAAAUGAAUGUCAGACAGAAACUAGAUUUGUGAUGUUUUUGUAAUUUAUAAGAACUAGAUAACAUUCUUCCUAUGAUAUUUGUGAGAAUGUCCUGUACUGCAAUGGAAAAUAUCUUUAUUUUUGUCACUUCGUACGGUGAUACUAAGACUCAACGCUUCAGAUCGGCACAGUCCACCAAGAUCUGAUGAAAGGAAAAUAAGGUUGUAUUGAGUAAAGUCACUUUCUAAGCCACUAUUAGGUUAAUAAACCCAGCUUAGAUCCUUUUUAGCACUGAAUUCCCUUGAUAUGGUAUCUUUAUUUAUUAUUUCCAGUAGAUUUUAUAUUUUCCUCUGUCAAGUGCUUGUGAUUACAAUAAGCAUUGGUAUGCGUUGCAAAAUACUAUGUUCUCAAACGUUUUUGGUAUUUAUUUACAGAAUUGUUUCUUUCUUAACCACAGUGGUACCUGAAAUAAUUGUGAUUUCAAAUCAAAUGACUUUUUGCCAAAUGAAAGGACUGCAGAAUAUACUUGUGAUUGAAUUUUUAAUUUAGUUUUUUGCUUUCAGCCACUGACAAACAACAUUUGUAACAUUUCCAAUGAGGCUCAUAUGUUUAAGAGGAGUAGGCUACAGACUGUUGAGUAUUGUUCAUGCUUGUUGCUGGUGCUGCUAAAUAUCCCAUGUGUAGCUAGUUAACUGUUGUAUGUCCAGAAAAGGCUUCCUACCUAUAUAGGAAGACCACCAAGGAGUCGCCACUACCAUCCAAGCAGUCAUAAAUCCUGCCUCUGUUAGCAGAGCAGGUCAGGGCACCAAAUAAAACAAUUUUAGUUCUGACAUGAAGCAGCCAUGUUUGAAGUGUGUUCUUCCUUAAUAUUUAAUUAUUUUAGGUUGAAACCACCAGAUAUUCCAGCACUGAGAUUUAUUUCUUUAGAGAUGAUCUCUGAUCAUUGAGAACUUUUGUAUGUUGUUGAGUGCAAUAAAUAAAAUCUGUGCAA